UCCUUAAAUCCUGACGAAUCGCAUGUUAACGGAGAGUGAGAACGACCGGGUUAAUUAAAGUUAUUGAGCGUAAUGCUCUUCAGAGCCGGGCAGCAGGGGCGAUGGGGCAGACUUUUGUGCUGAUGUCGGAGUGAAGGCUGCAGAGCGUUUUUCGGUGAUGCUGCCGCCGGGUCCGUUCUUCAAGUUCGUUUCCAAGGAGGAGAGACGCCUCGCGCCAGGGCUCCGCCCCCUUCUCCUGAAUGCGCGAGCAGCUGCUUUCAAAUCCAACUGCUCAAUUCCAUUCAUCCUCGAGAGGGAACAAAAAAGUGGCUAUUUAUUAGAAUACUUGUUUUGUAUUGUUCCGCGUCACACAAAAGAGGCUUUAUUAUUGUGUAGUGAGUGGUGGGACUGGGAGCAGUCAUACGACUGGCCUUGGCACACUAAGUGUAGGUUUUAGCAAGGAUGGCGGUCUGGCGAGUGGCUUUGGCUGGGUUAGGACAGCGAUAGAACCGUUUUAUACUCACAGACAUUCAGCAUGCAGUGGACUGUAUAUCAACAUAGCUGACAAAGUUGACUACCCUUUACACACAAAGAUUUGGCAAGACGUCACGAGGGGAGCAUUGGAGCUAUUACAGUUAUUAUAAAGAAUUAGAUCGUAUCUUGUAAUGUCAUCUAAAUGGAUAAAAUCUACCAUUUGUCCUCUUGUUCAUUUAUUGCAUCCAUUGAAGAGGCUCAAACUGCCACCUCAGUAUUUACUUUACUUUAGAGGGGGCGGUGUUGACCCUCCGUGCACCCCGCCUACUAGUUUUUUCCUCGUUGUCGACGUCACUCGACCAAACUCCAUGCAAAUUGCUCCUCACUGGAACGCCAUUGGCUACUCGCUCAUUUUAAUCGCUGUCAAAACGCAUCAUAUGGCCGCCGCUUUAACAAACUCUUCAACUCCACUAGGAAAAGUAACUCAAAUGCACGUUCAAUUAAUGUGGAUGUGAAACGGCAGUCGGACACGACACUAAACAGGCUACAGGAGCAAAAAGAGACCCCGAGACAAACUGCGAACGGUUGGGAAUAAACUGUAUUCCACAUUUCACCGGAGCUCCACUGGCUUGUGAGGCACCUGCUUCAAGUGCGGACUACAGAGCGCCGAAAGUUUCAUGCUUUUUCUCUGCUAGCGGAGAACUUCUAAGCCACUUGAAUGUAUAGCAUGAUGAUGGAAACGGACCUUCAUUCCCCGGGACCACAAACCAACACGAAUCCGGGGCAAACGGGUCCAAACUCGGGGAGCAAAGCCAACCAAGACCGCGUAAAGAGACCCAUGAACGCUUUUAUGGUCUGGUCCCGGGGCCAGCGGCGAAAAAUGGCUCAGGAGAACCCCAAAAUGCACAACUCUGAAAUUAGCAAAAGACUCGGUGCUGAGUGGAAGGUGAUGUCAGAGGCUGAAAAGCGGCCCUUUAUUGAUGAAGCGAAGCGGUUGCGCGCCAUGCACAUGAAGGAGCAUCCGGAUUACAAAUACAGACCGAGGCGCAAAACCAAGACCCUGCUUAAAAAGGACAAAUACUCGUUGGCUGGCGGCUUGCUCGGCGGCGCGGGAGGCGGAGUCGGGAUGAGUCCUGCAGGGGUCGGCCAGAGGUUGGAGAGUCCUGGGGGUCACGGAGGCUCGGCCGGUGGCUACGCUCACAUGAACGGCUGGGCAAACGGCGCUUACUCCGGCCAGGUGGCCGCCGCGGCAGCAGCGGCUGCGAUGAUGCAGGAGGCGCAGCUCGCUUACAGCCAGCACCCAGGCAGUGGGUCUCACCAUCACCACGCUCAUCACCAUCACCCGCACAACCCUCAGCCCAUGCACCGCUACGAUAUGAGUGCCCUCCAGUACAGCCCCAUCUCGAACUCCCAGAGCUACAUGAGCGCUUCUCCAUCCGGCUAUGGUGGGAUAUCAUACACGCAGCAUCAAAACUCCAGCGUCGCUUCUUCUGCCGCCAUCGGUACGCUGAGCUCGCUCGUCAAGUCCGAACCCAAUAUAAGCCCUCCGGUCAGCACACACUCCCGAGGCCCCUGCACCGGAGACUUGAGAGAAAUGAUUAGCAUGUAUUUACCAACCGGCGAGUCCGGAGAUCCGUCUGUGCAGAGCAGACUGCAUGCCUUACCGCAGCACUAUCAGAGCACAACUGCCGGAGUAAACGGAACUGUCCCACUGACGCAUAUUUGAAAGAGCUGAUGGAAAGUGAUGGGUAACGCGCAUUCAGAAACACUCCACCAAAAAUAUUUACCUCUUUUUUUCUUUUCUUUUUUAGAUUGUCAUUGAACUAAUUUUGUACAGAAUGUUUUAUGAUGUUCAUAUUAAAGGUAAAUUAAAGGUAAAUAUUGUUUCGAUUGCAGUUCGAAUAGAAACUGGGAUCUUAUCAAAUGUAUCACUUUCAGUGAAACAUUGUUUAAAUAUGACGUCUUUAAAAGUGAUUCUGACAGCGUUUCUGGCCACGCCAAGAAAUAUGCGACAUACUGUUAUUCUUUAAAUAUUUAAGUUUCUGUGCAAAUUGACUUUUGAGAUGAUAAUAACAAAAGUCUAGCGUGAAUAACUCAAUGAAGUGUUUUGAAAGCCCAUAAAGAGUUUCCUGCUUAUUACAUUUACCAAAACGUUUGUACACGUGAAUUAAUGUACCAGAUUUAUGUUGUAAUAUUUCUUGUAAAUUGUGAAUAAGUUUUAAUAUUUCAAAAGACUGGCACGUCACUGCUGCUGUACAUAAUUUAUGACAUGCAUUCCUGCCAGUUCAAAUCUUAACCUUGCGUUGAUUCAUGGUCUAAAUAAAAUUGGAGAAAAACGUACUCUGCUCCAAAUGGAUGUUAGUUUUGUUACCUAAUUCAUCAUACUUUGCAAUUUUAUAUGUGUUUGAUUUACCCCACUAUCUAGUGGAAACUUUCUAUUCGUUGAUUGAGGACAAAAUAUCAGUCGGAAGAUAUUACUAAUGGUUUAUUUUGCUUUAAGAUCUUUGUUUUUUUCUGUGCAUUUUACAAGCUUCAAUGUGCUGUUAAAGUAUCAAAACAGGGAAAAUGUAUUUCUAAAUGGGUCACACUCGAUCUUACGCGUCAGGAACGUUAAUCAUUUUUUUCAAUUAAUAUGUAUUAAGGACAUAAAUUAUACAGGCAUGUAGACCUUUUAAUGUUUUUAAAUGUACGUUUUAAAAAUGUGCUUCAAAAUGUGUGAAUUUUUUUAUGUCCUACUUUUGUUUUUAGUUCAAACGCAGUUGCAUUUUAUAAUCAGCCGUCUGCUUAGGUAAAUUAAUAAUAUAGAAAUAAUAAUUCAAAACACAUAAAGAGAGUUUAAAAACAAGAGAAUACUAUUAGGCUAGUUAUUAUUGUUACAAUAAAAUAGGAUAUCGUACCUGAAUAUUGUUAAACCCCUGGUAAAAUUUCAGUGUUUUGUUACUAAAGAUAAAAUACUUCAAAUCUGUUUAUUCAGAAUUUGAAUUGCUUGUUUACUUAAAUAAGGAUGUAACACUGUACUCAGUUCAUCAUUGCUUCUUCCAUUGUAGACCUUGAUUGCUACCCAAGGUGUAUAAUUCGGAGUACUUGAAGCAUGAAAACAAACUAUCAUUAUAUGUGUAUAAUUUAGGCAAGGGCUUGACAAUUUGCUUCACCUUUCGUUCAAUGAAUUUGGAUUAACUGUGUAAUUUCGUCUAUCACAAAAAUAUUUACAAUUCAGUUCAGUAAAGUUUUUUUUUAACUAGAUUUUUUUUCUCUACAGCAAAUCUGUUUUCUUUUUUAAACAUAAGAGCCAUGAUUUGGCAAGUAAUGAAUCAGGUGUGUAUGGCUAUAUUUUGUGUAAAUAAUAUUGGAGAAAAGUAGCCUAAUUCACGCGUGUUUAAAAACUUUUUUUUUUAUUAUUACUUGAGAUGUUUCAUCAAAAUUUCAUGUUAUAAAGAGCCAACUCUAAUUCUUUUAAAAGUUGAUUUCAUACAAUGUAUGUUUGAGUAGGCCCACCGGAUAAUCAAAACGACAUAUUUCUGUAGUGCUGCAUUGACACCGUCUGUAGUCACUGAUUAUAUAAAAAGUGGAAUCGUGUUUAUUUUGUGUUAUUUACUAAUGUGUUCGUUAUUUAUUCUUGAUUCCCUACACAUGAAGAAUUAAAUCGUUAAGCUCUCAGUGGUUGAACACAAUGUGAUUUGAAGCAGAGACAGUUACCGGGAUCAGCCAGCAGAGACGCUGACCUCUCCUCUGGGACAGAGAGUCAAAGGUUAUUACAAUUACCUGCUGUCUCCCUGGGGCUAGUUUUGCAACAAGUGUCAGAAGUGCAAAGCCGCAACACACUACUGCACCAGACAUUCUUUUUCUUUUUUGGAUGCGCAUGUGAGGCCUUCAAGUCUGCAAUUGCCACUUCACACACUUGAAAUAAAUAUGAAGCAGAACAGGACGAGGAGUGUUAUAACUGUAAUAUAGCCUUGUGUAGGCUACAUCACAAACCGAACGAUCUUGGUGCAGCAUGACCUUAAAUGACUUAAA